CGAGGUGAGGCGCUUCAUUGUUUCAGGGUGAGGUGGACAGCUAUCAUCACACGGACGCAGCGCGUGGACACCUGCAGACACACACACACACACACACACACACACACAGCCAGAGACAUGGUGAAGAUCAGCUUCCAGUCUGUCUCGGGACAGAAAGUGGAGAAGGAGAACGAUGGCGACAAGACCGAGAUCCUCAUCCCUCAUCCGAUGGAUGAGGAUGAGCUGGUGCUGCCGCUGCGAUCCAAAAAGUCUCCCCUGAAUGGCCUGUGCUGCCUGACCUUCGGCCUGGUUGUGUUCAUGGCCGGUCUAGUCAUGGCCUCCAUUUACGUCUACCGCAACUACUUCAUACCUCACAUCACCGAGGAGAACCUGUUCCACUGCAGGGUUCUCUACGAGGACUCGGCCUACGCUCCGCUGCGCGGCCGCCAGGAGCUGGAGGAGAACGUGGGCAUCUACCUGGGCGACAACUACGAGAAGAUCACGGUGCCCGUGCCUCACUUCGGAGGCAGCGACCCCGCCGACAUAAUCCACGACUUCCACAGAGGACUGACAGCCUACCACGACAUCGCUCUGGACAAGUGCUACGUCAUCGAGCUCAACACCACCAUCGUGAUGCCUCCACGCAACCUGUUGGAGCUCCUCAUCAACGUGAAGAAGGGAACCUACCUGCCUCAGACCUACAUCAUCCACGAGGAGAUGGUGGUGGCCGGCAGGGUGCACAACAUGCGCCAGCUGGGGCCCUUCAUUUACCGCCUGUGCAACGGGAAGGACACGUACCGCCUGAACCGACGCGUCACCCGCAGGCGCAUCAACAAGCGCGAGGCCAAGGACUGCCACCACAUCCGCCACUUCGAGAACACGUUCGUGGUGGACACCGUCAUCUGCGACGAAGCGUGAACACGUCGCCGGCCGCCGCCGCCACGGCCUCCGUAGCAUCAUUACACUUCACUUGUGAUUUCGGGUUUUUAAGCUGUAAACGAUUUUCGCCGAUGUCGUUUCUUUUUUUCUUCUUUCUUCUUUCUUCUUCUUCGUUGGUUACAUUUACUCUGAAGUGUGACGCAAUAGUAAAUAAACGGUUCAUGCACGCAGGAAAACUCCUCUAAGCCAAUACUCGUUCAUAAUUGCAACACCUUCUCCUCCUCGUCCUCUGGUGGAUCUCCGCACGGCGGUUAUCGUCGUCGGGGGAGACGGCCGUCUCCGCGCGUCGUCAUGGAGAUGUGUCCUUUGUUUUUGUUUUUGACGCCUUGAGCAAAACAUCGUCGAUGCUUCCUCCGACGUGUAACCCGCUUUGCGUCUCUCGCCUGUCUGCUGCUUCCUUGCUCCCUUUUCAAGUUUCAUUUCCUAGAAGGUUGCAUGAGGCAUUAGGUCUGCGGUCACCUUUUUGUUGUCGUUGCUUUUGUUGUUGUAAAUUAAAUAAUAGUGAAGGUC